GUUGAACUUGUCUGUCGAAUGCCUCUAUUGCCUGUACUACUUUUCCUGGAAUGAGUGUCAGCCCUACCCAGCCUAGCUCGAAGCGCAUCAAACUCGAGUCGUCUCCAACCUCUCCGCGAUUGACAAACGACCCUUCGACUUUGAAUGAUGAAGACCUCAGUCAUGAUCACUGCGUCAUUUGUCUGCAAUCCCUGGUGGACCGAACUGUUAUCCCAACUUGCUCCCAUGAGUUUUGCUUUGAAUGCAUUUCGAUUUGGGCAGAGCAAUCACGAAAGUGUCCAUUGUGCUCCCAAUUAAUCGGUGAACAUGUUAUACAUCAUAUACGCUCGCAGUUCGACUAUCAAAAGCAUUAUUUACCCCCACCACGCUCCUCGUCACCACGGUUAUUGCCAACAGGGGAAUCUCGUGUACGUGUUGCCCGACGGGCACGUAGGGAUCGCUACUGGGGUCGCAGGGUUCGUCAUGACGCUGAUGAACUUGAACGAGCAAUCGCUAGAAGACGUUGGGUGUACCAGAAUCAUCUUUACGCAAAGCACGUCGCGUCCAACUCAUUCACCCGGUACCGUCCUUACCCCAGUCCAGCCCAGUUUGCAGCAUCUCCGAAUACGAUAAGUCGAGCCACCAUCUUUCUCCGUCGUGAACUGCGCGUCUGGCAAAAUCUCGAUGUCGAGUUCCUCACGACGUUUAUAAUCUCUCUCAUGAAAGCGAUAGACAUACGAGCUGAAUCCGCCGUCAAACUUCUCUCCGAGUUCCUAGACCUUGGCACUCCUUACAUCGAGGGUCAGAGGCACCCAAAUGCCGAACAUUUUGCACAUGAAAUAUAUUGUUAUAUACGGAGUGGCCGUGAUCUAUCGAUUUAUGACAAUCUGGUGCAGUAUGAUACCUCCCCAGAUCAUCCGACCCAUGAACCGGAAAGAGAGGAUCGGUGGCGUUACAAUUCCCGUUCUCGAUCUCGGUCGCCUCAUCACCGU